UCGCUGCUGUGAGAGAGGCUCAGUGUGCGAGCGAGCGGGUCCCUCAGCCGCUGCUGCGCUGCCUCCGUCGUCGUCGUCACCACCACCAGCAGCCCCUAUCUCUCGCGCGCGCGCGUCCCGGGAGCCGGCAUUGCCCUGCUCCUCUCGUGCCAGGGGUCCUCUCGCCAAGCGCGCUGCCCUCCCCUCCGGCCCGCCCCGUCUCCACGCUCCGUCUUUCAACCCGUGUCACACCGUCGUUUCUCCUGCUCGUGGUUCGGCGCCCGCCGGGGAGAUGCGGGGCCUGUCCAGCUGGAUGGUGCUGCUGGCGCUAGGCAGUUGGCUCCGGCUGCGGGCGAAGGGCGCCGUGCCCCUGGCGGACUUCUACCCCUUCGGGCCGGCGCAGGGGGACGCGGCCACCCCGCAGCAAGACGAUGGCGGCUCCGGGCUCCGGCCCAUCGCUGUGAAGUUCCCCUUCUUCGGCGCGGCUCACGCGGCGCUCUACGUAAACAACAAUGGAAUCAUCUCCUUUCUGAAAGAAGUGUCUCAGUUUACACCAGUGGCUUUCCCCAUCUCCAAUGACCGACGUGUGGUUGCAGCUUUCUGGGCUGAUGUUGACAACCGGCGUGCAGGACAAGUGUAUUACCGGGAAACCAAGGACCGAGCCAUCUUGGAGAGAGCCACUAAAGACAUCCGUCAAUAUUUCCCAGAAUUCCCAGAGUUCUCUGCCCAAUGGGUAUUCAUAGCCACUUGGUACCAAGUCACCUUCUUUGGAGGAAAUUCAUUUUCUCCAGUGAAUACUUUCCAGAUAGUCCUCAUCACUGAUGGCAUGCUGUCCUUCACUAUCUUCAACUAUGAGUCGGUCAGCUGGACUACUGGCAUGCAUGCCAGCAGUGGAGGAGACUCAGCCGGCCUGGGAGGCAUUGCGGCCCAGGCAGGUUUCAAUGCCGGUGAUGGAAAACGAUAUUUUAACAUUCCCGGAUCCCGCACUGAUGACAUUGUCGACGUGGAGAUGACGACAAAUGUGGGUAUCCCCGGGCGCUGGGUGUUCAGAAUCGAUGAUGCCCAGGUGCAAGUGGGGGGCUGCAACAACACAACUUCGGUGUGUCUGACACUCCGCCCUUGUCUGAAUGGAGGAAAGUGUAUUGAAGACUGCAUCACAGGGAAUCCCUCGUACUCCUGCUCCUGUUUGGCUGGCUUCACUGGAAAGCGGUGUCAUAUUGAUGUGGAUGAGUGUGCUUCCAGCCCAUGUCAUAACACAGCCACCUGUAUCAAUGGCAUCAACAGCUUCAGUUGUUGGUGUCCACCAGGAUUCAAAGGAGUCACAUGUGAAAUUGAGGAGUCUCCGUGUGAAGCCAAAGAAUGCCAGAAUGGUGGUGAAUGUCAAGCAGUAAACAGGACGGCUGUGUGUCUCUGCCAGCCAGGCUUUACUGGAGAAAAUUGUGAGACAGAAAUAAAUGAAUGCGAGUCCAAUCCGUGCCUGAAUGGUGGGCGAUGUAUGGACCUGGUUGGCAAUUACUCCUGUGCAUGUGUAGCGCCAUUCACAGGACAGCGCUGUGAAACAGAUCCUACAGCCUGUGAGGGCAAGAACUGCAGGAACCGGCAGACAUGCAACUAUAUCCGCCCAGGGCGCUACAUCUGCACAUGCUCUCCAGGCUACUAUGGGAACAACUGUCAGUAUGGAGGACCCAGAAUGCCCAGUGCAUGUAUCUCCAAUCCAUGCCAGAAUGAGGGCACUUGCCUUGAAACCAGCCAAGGCUAUGUGUGUGAGUGUCAUGAGGGAUACACCGGCAUGGAUUGCAAAGACAAGUUGUUGGAGAACUGUGAGUGCCGAAAUGGAGGAAAGUGUCUGGAUGGAAAUGUCACAAUAUGCCAGUGCCCACCAGGAUAUUUUGGUCUUCUCUGUGAAUUCGAAGUGACUACUACACCUUGCAAUAUGAACACGCAGUGUCCAGAUGGGGGAUAUUGUAUGGAGUAUGGUGGCAGUUACCUGUGCGUGUGCCAUACAGAUUACGGCACUAACCACACUGUGCCACCAUCUCCCUGUGACUCGGAGCCUUGCCUGAAUGGUGGAUCGUGUGACGCUCUAGAUGACUCCUACACCUGCGAAUGUACCCGAGGGUUCAUCGGCAGGCAUUGUGAGAAAGCAAGGCCAAAGCUGUGCAGCUCCGGGCCCUGCCGCAAUGGAGGGACGUGUAAGGAAUCGGAGGGUGAAUACCACUGCACCUGUCCCUACCGCUUCACAGGGAAGCACUGUGAAAUAGGUAAACCUGAUCCCUGUGCCUCAGGGCCGUGUCAGAAUGGGGGCACCUGCUUCCAUUAUAUUGGCAAGUACAAAUGUGACUGCCUCCAAGGAUAUGCUGGACGCCACUGCGAGAUAGCUCCUUCUCCUUGUCUCCUGAGUCCAUGUGAAAAUGGAGCCACUUGUGAGGAACUCGGCAACAGCUAUGCCUGCAUGUGUCCAGCUGGUUACAUGGGAAGACACUGCCAGUCAGAGAUAGACUGUGGCAUCCCCAGUGAAGUAAAGCAUGCUCAAGUGGCAUUUAACUCUACUUCAGUGGGAUCUCUGGCUGAAUACCGCUGUGAUCUUGGCUAUAUCCUAAGUCCCCCGAAUAACCCUAGGGUGUGCAGAGCCCAAGGUGCAUGGAGUGACCCUCCAGAGUGUAAUGAAAUUGACGAGUGCAGAUCUCAGCCAUGUCUAAAUGGGGGCUUGUGUAAAGAUCGGAUUGCCACAUUCCUGUGCUUCUGCAAAACUGGCUACACAGGACACCACUGUGAGUUGGAGCUUGAUGAAUGUCGGUCAGGCCCAUGCAAGAAUGGCGGAACCUGCAAAGAUCAGCCUGGAUCCUUUAUCUGUCAUUGUCCUGGUGGUUUUCUUGGAGCUCAGUGCGAAACUGAAGUGGAUGCCUGUGAAUCAAACCCUUGUCAGAAUGGAGGAGAUUGUGAAAAUUACAGUGGUUCCUACCUGUGUGUCUGCCCAGAGGGCUUCAUUGGCUACCAUUGUGAAAUAGCUAGUGACCCCUGUUUCUCCAACCCCUGUGGGAGCAGAGGCUACUGUCUGCCCAGUAACGGAUCUCAUAUCUGCACCUGCAAAGUGGGCUACACUGGCAAGACGUGUGAGAAAGAACUGCUGCCACCAACGUCAUUAAAGGUGGAAAAAGUGGAGGAGACGGGGCUGUCAAUUUCUUGGCGUCCUCCCAAGGACCAGGCUGCCAGGCAUAUGAUUGAUGGCUACGCCGUGACGUACGUAUCCUUCGACGGCUCUUACCGCUGGACUGAUUAUGUGGACCGAAGCCGUGCUGCCCACCAUUUGCGGGCACUAGCCUCCGGCAAAGCCUACAAUAUUUCUGUCUUUUCAGUCAAACGCAAACCGAACAACAAGAAUGAUAUCAGCAGGCCCGUCAUGCUCGUCACUCGUACUAGACCUCGCCCAGUGGAGGGAUUUGAAAUUGCCAAUGUGACUUCCACAACCAUUACUGUGCACUGGACUCUCCACAAGCUUGAGCACUCCACGGUCAGCAAGGUGCGUCUGUCCAUUCGCCAGCCAGAUGACGUGGAGGACCGUGCUGUGGAGUUAAACAAUACAGAGACCAAAUAUACAUUCUGGGACCUUCAACCAGGACAAAAGUAUCUUAUCCACAUGUGGACUUUGAGUGGCCUGGGUGCAGAAGACCAUCCAACUGAGAGCUUUGCCACAGCACCUUUCUAUGUGUGGACUCGACCUCUUCAUCCUAGAAACCUCACUGCAUCCAGAAUCACAGCCACCUCUGUUCAGAUGAUCUGGGAACAGCCCCUGGUUGGUUCUGGGGAAGGCUACAUCAUCAAUGUCACUACCAGUCAGAGUGUGAAGAGCCGCUAUGUGCCCAAUGGAAAGCUGUCUUCCUACACCGUGCGUGACCUGAACCCAGGGCAAAGGUAUCGCUUGUCUGUUAUGGCUGUUCAGAACACAGAUCAAGGACAAGUGAUUAGUGAACCUGCUCAUCUCUACAUUACAGCCUUGCAGAAGGAUGGCACCCCAGAAAGGCGCUGGAGUCAAACAGGGCAUCCUCGUGUACUGAGAAACCGGGUCCCCCCAGCAUUCCUGCCAGAACUACGCCUGCUUGCUGAUCAUAAUACCCCCGAGGAACCCUCACAAGCACCCAGGUUUACAGAACUGGUGGAUGGCAGAGGGAGGAUCACCACUAAAUUCAGCAGCUCACCAAGUAGACCGGUCACUGUGAGAACACAACCUGAGGCUCCCAUAAAAGUGGAGGAAAACAUGGAGGAAUCCCCCAAUCGGGCCAGCCUGGCAUUGCAGCUGUCUGAACCUGAGAGCAGCAAGAAAGAAAGUGACAAACAGAACUGUUCCAUAAACUUCUGCAAGAAUGGGGGGACCUGUGUCGCUGUCUCAGACUCUUACCACUGUGACUGCAAUCCUGGAUUCAAAGGCAGACAGUGUGAACUAGCUUGCAAGAAGGUGCCGCAGUCUUGUACUCGUCUCUACUCAGAAACCAAGUCCUUUCCAGUCUGGGAAGGAGGUGUUUGCCAUUACUUAUACAAGAGGACCUACAAAAUCCACCAGGAUGUCUGCUACAAAGAGAGCUGUGAGAGCACUGUUACAAAUAAGGCACUUAGCAGAAAACAAAGUAGCAGACACUGAAGAAGCCAUAUAGAUCCAAAACCAUCAUCAGUUCUGCUAACUGGAUUGAAAAAAGAGGAGACCUCUCUCACCAGAGUUCUGGACCUUCUCUCCUUUGUCUUGUUCAGGAAGUGUUUACCAAAUACCCAUAUUCCCCUCUCUUUGGAUCAAAAGUGCCUCUUCAGAUGCCUUUUCUUCAUAGCACCUGAAUUUUUAUACAGAUGAGUGACAUGUUGUUAUUUUAGUGUCUCUCUCCAGUCUGUAGUCCUCUGUGGGCCACUUGAAGCAAGAGUAGGGCUCAGACUUUCACCAGUGAAAGAGAUACUGGGUAUAUAAUUUGAAGCUAAUGGGCCACCUUAGAAGAAAACCUAGCCCUGGAACAAAAGACAACCCUCUCACUGUUGGAAAUUUUGAUGUUCAAUACCAAUUGUAGCAAUGGCUUUUUAAAAAAUGUUUUCCCUUUGUAACCAGGGUUGAUAGCAUGGCUUCUCUCUUUACAAGAACUAUUGUUUUCAUUCACUGAUCGUUUGACAACCAACUAUCCUGGUGCCUUUCUGUUGGUGUGAAAUGAUUAGCAUUUCAAAAGUUAGUGUCUAGCUCAGACAGAAAAAAAAUGAAUGCGGCAGCUGGGAGGGUCUAUAUCCAUCUUCGGAAAACGGAUCAGACAGGUUCUUUGUUGUUCAGAUUAUGGAAAUGCUGUUCUAUGACACCAGCAAGAGGAUAUCAUGCUUUAAGAAGUAAAACAAUAUGAACUGUUCUAAACUGCCGAUACUACUUUGAAGGGCAAAGAAUUUCCUUUGCCGCCACCCCCCACCCCCAAGACAAUACCAAUAGAGAAACAGCAAGUUUUAGAAAUAGAGGAAUAGCAGUGUUUGGGCAUCAGAUGCCCUUUCCCGAUUGGAGCAGCUGUUCAACGUUUGCUAUAAUACCUGAGGAUAGCCAGUCACUGAAGGAGUCCUAAUACUUCCUAGGUUUUUGGUGAGUUUGUAUGAUUAGCUAAAUAUAACAUUAAUAUACAUUCUGUAUAUUUUAGAAGUUAAAACGACCAGAGACUCAGUUUUGAACUAUUCCAUAAUCACCAUUAAUAGGCCAUUUUUGCAGAAGAUGCAGCCCAUUAAGAUGUAUUAAUUUUCAUAAGCAGUUCUACUGCCUAGAACAUUAAAUCCUGGCAGACCUUGAGAGUUGUACAUAUGGUUUCUUCAGCAAAGGGGAGCAUGCUGUAAGUGGAAUAAUGUUCCCAGAAGGAAAAUCAGCAACCAUUCCCAGAAACCCCACAGAAUAAAGUAUUGCAAUUAUUCUUACUCCUAAAGGCCAUUAGCAAAUACUUAAGCUCAUUUCUAUGUGCUAAUUACAGUUGUUUCAAGUCAAAAGUAGAGGUGGGUACAUCAUUAGCUAUGCGGGACACAGCAUUUCUCACUACAGUCCUAAGAAGCCUAGGAGGGAGAAUGCCACUCUUGGAUUACAAGAGGAAAUCGCACUGCUAAAGCAGAAUAUUGAGUUCAGGCUCUUAUUAUAUAUAACAUUUAACAAGGCCCUUUAAUUUGGCCUUUUUAUGCAAAGAGGAAGAGUUUGGAUUCCUCCUAAAGAGCUGGAAAAGAGAUGGCUUAGCCUGGACAGAUUUUUGGUAGGAUGCAGGCCAUAGACUACAUUAGGCAUAGUUUAAAUCCAGGAUAUUUUAUGCUACUUUUUUGGCAUUUUAAAUGCAGAUUUAUCUAAGGAGCCACUGAUGGUCUACUUGACACAUAGUCAACAAAAACAAACCCAGGCAUCAGAAAAAUCUGCAUUUUUCAUGUUCAGCUAGCAGGUGCUAACAAGUACUUAAAUUCAACUAUUCCACUUUAAUUAUGGGUCAAGUGCAGAUUAUCACCAUUACCAAACACAGCUUCCAAGGUAUGGGGGGAAAAAGUGUAGGCAUGGUAGUAACACUGCCAACAUAAUCACAGGUUUUUCUAAGCCUAGUGAACUUUUAGAAAGCAGGCAAAGCUGACAGAGGCAGUGAGUGGUCUUCAUAGCCAGUUUCUUAUGUCACACAGUGACACUGGUUUCCCCACCACAACCAGUCUAAGGUAGAACAGAGCCUGUAUCAAGCCAGUAUUCUAUAGCCAGAUUGAGGCAUAUGUAAUGCAGCAAUAAACAAGAAAGAUUUUAUUCUGUCAAAGUUAUUUUGUUUUUCAUUUUAGAUUAAAAUACAAUUUAUUUAA